AUGGGAACGUUUCAGAGCUUCAGAAAGGCCUAUGGAGCUCUCAAGGACUCCACCAAGGUUGGCCUUGCCAAAGUCAAUAGCGAAUACAAGGAGUUGGAUAUUGCAAUUGUAAAGGCUACAAAUCACGUGGAAUAUCCUCCCAAGGAACGUCAUGUUAGAAAAAUAUUCUAUGCAACAUCAGCACAUCAACCACGAGCAGAUGUGGCAUACUGCAUUCACAAACUUUCCAAAAGACUUUCCAAGACGAGAAAUUGGAUAGUUGCUAUAAAGACAUUGAUAGUUAUUCAUAGGACAUUGAGAGAGGGUGAUCCUACCUUCAGAGAAGAGCUUCUGAACUACUCACGCAGGGGACAUAUUCUCCAAAUAUCCAAUUUCAAAGAUGACUCGAGCCCUUUAGCUUGGGAUUGUUCUGCAUGGGUUCGAACCUAUGCUCUAUUUUUAGAAGAAAGACUUGAAUGCUUUAGAAUCCUUAAAUAUGACAUUGAAUCUGAGCGCUUAACAAAAUCAUCACCAGCUGUAGCUAAAGCACAUAGCAGAACUAGGUCUUUGGCUAAUGAUGAUCUAUUGGAGCAGCUACCCGCACUGCAGCAACUUCUAUUCCGCCUUAUUGGUUGUCAGCCUGAAGGAUGUGCUUACAGCAAUUAUCUAAUACAGUAUGCAUUGACCCUGGUAUUGAAAGAGAGCUUCAAAAUAUAUUGUGCACUCAAUGAUGGAAUCAUCAAUCUUGUAGACAUGUUCUUUGAUAUGUCAAGACAUGACGCAGUGAAGGCUCUAAAUAUUUAUAAAAGAGCUGGCCAACAGGCUGAAAAUCUUGCUGACUUCUAUGAAUACUGCAGAGGCUUGGACCUUGCUAGGAAUUUCCAAUUUCCAACGCUGAGACAGCCACCUCCCUCUUUCCUUGCAACAAUGGAAGAAUACAUUAGAGAAGCACCCCAGACAGGCUCGGUUCAUAAGAGACUGGAGUAUCAGGAAAAUGAUGAAUCACCUAAAGAAGAAUCAGAACCUGAAGAGCCUAAAGAGGAUGAGAAACAAGGUGAAGAAGUCAAUGAGGAAGAACCAGCAGCAGAAGAAGAAACACAACCUGAGGAAGAGGAGGCUGAGCCUCCUCCUCUGAUAUCAACUGAUGCUACCGAUGACUUGCUGGGUCUGAAUGAAAUAAAUCCAAAAGCUAUGGAACUUGAGGAAAGCAAUGCUAUGGCGCUUGCAAUUGUACCACCUGGAAAUAAUCCAAACAACCUUGCUUUGAGUAACAUUGGUGGGACUACUGGUUGGGAACUUGCACUGGUUACAACACCAAGUAACCAUAGCAGUCAAGCACCAGAUCGCAAAAUGGCUGGUGGUUUUGACAAACUAUUACUAGACAGUUUGUAUGAAGAUGACAAUGCAAGGAGACAACUUCAACUCCAAAAUGCAGGUUAUGGACAUGAGGGAAUAGCUAUACAGAAUCCAUUUGAUCAAUAUAAUCAACAUGAUCCAUUUGCAAUGUCAAACAACAUAGCACCUCCAUCCAAUGUGCAAAUGGCAAUAAUGGCUCAACAACAACAACAGCAGCAACAAAUGAUGUACCAACAGCAACAGCAAAUGAUGUUCCAACCACAACAACAACAACAACAGCACAACAUGAUGAUGGUACCUUACCAGCAGCAACCACAUAAUCAAUACCCUCAACAGAUGCAGAUGAUGGGUUCUCAUAAUCCAUUUGGAGAUCCCUUACCAGUACCUAGCCAUCCUCAUAGUUCCAUGCAGGGAAACUACAAUUUAAUGUAG